ACGUUGUACCGCGUUGCGCUUUUACUGUAUGAAAGGAACGGUGUCAGAAUGUCACGUUUGUUGACAGAAGCAGCGUGUCUUUCGAGGAGCACCCCGACACACUGGGCUGGCACGAUUCUCUCCAGAACUUUCUCAGCAGCAGCAAGUGCAUAAUUUGUACCACACCGCACACAAACAGCUUCUGUAACUGCAGGCAGCUCGCGCUGCCACGAGCAUCAGCAGCCGCCGCUCCUUGAUGUUGUGGCUGCGUUUGCGCAUGCGCCCCACAUUGGAAUUACUGCACUGGCCACAAUAAGUUGGAUCUCUGUUCGUCUUCACUGAAAUUCCAAAAAAAAAAAAAAAAAAUCAUAUCAAAACUACAGCGAUGCCAAAACUCAAGAAAAGGAGUUACGUUUGGAUUUGGACCUUUCCUUUGAUAAUGACUGUUGUCUCUGCACAAAGUGCCAAUGACCCUAGUAAUAUGUCACUGGUUAAAGAAACCGUGGAUAGACUGUUGAAAGGAUAUGACAUUCGUUUGAGGCCAGAUUUCGGAGGUCCCCCGGUGGGAGUAGGCAUGAAUAUAGACAUCGCCAGCAUAGACAUGGUGUCUGAAGUGAACAUGGAUUACACACUGACAAUGUAUUUCCAGCAAGCUUGGAGAGACAAGCGGCUGUCCUAUUCUGAGAUUCCCCUGAAUCUCACCUUGGAUAACAGAGUAGCGGACCAGCUGUGGGUUCCAGACACCUACUUCCUGAAUGACAAGAAGUCCUUUGUGCACGGGGUCACGGUCAAAAACAGAAUGAUCCGCCUGCACCCGGAUGGCACCGUGCUCUAUGGCCUAAGGAUCACCACCACGGCGGCCUGCAUGAUGGACCUAAGACGAUAUCCGCUGGAUGAGCAGAACUGUACUCUGGAGAUAGAGAGCUAUGGCUAUACAACAGAUGACAUUGAGUUCUACUGGCGAGGUGGUGACCAUGCUGUGACAGGGGUUGAGAGAAUAGAACUACCCCAGUUCUCCAUUGUGGACUACAAGCUUAUCUCCAAGAAUGUGGUCUUCUCAACAGGGUCCUACCCUCGGCUUUCCCUGAGCUUCAAGCUGAAGAGGAACAUUGGCUACUUUAUUCUGCAGACCUACAUGCCCUCCAUCCUGAUCACCAUCCUCUCCUGGGUCUCAUUCUGGAUCAACUAUGACGCCUCUGCUGCCAGGGUGGCCUUAGGGAUCACUACGGUGCUCACCAUGACCACCAUCAACACCCACCUACGGGAAACCCUUCCCAAGAUCCCCUAUGUGAAAGCCAUAGACAUGUACCUGAUGGGCUGCUUUGUCUUUGUCUUCCUGGCCCUGCUUGAGUACGCCUUGGUCAAUUACAUCUUCUUUGGCCGGGGACCACAGCGGCAGAAGAAGGCAGCUGAGAAGGCUGCCACUGCCAACAACGAGAAGAUAAGAAUGGAUGCUAACAAGUGGUUGGUGGGAAAUGUAGUUCAGAGAGACGAUGCUCUCUAUGCCAGAAUGAAACAGAGGGAUAUUGAUGCUCAUGACUCGAUGUGGGAACCAAUCUUUGUGGAGGAUGCAGCGAUAGGACUAGGGGAGCAAAAGAAUAAGUUCUCAGGUUACAAGAUGGACCCCCAUGAAAACAUCCUACUGAGUCCACUGGAAAUCAAGAAUGAUAUGGGCAUGGGGCCAUCAGAGCUGACCCUUGGCCUGGGUGACCCACGGAGCACCAUGCUGGCCUAUGACAGCUCCACGCUGCAGUACCGCAAGGCCGGCCUGGCGCGGCCCAACUUCGGACGCAAUGCACUGGAGCGUCACGUGGCGCAGAAGAAGAGUCGGCUACGGAGGCGCGCGUCACAGCUCAAGAUCACCAUCCCCGACUUGACUGAUGUAAACUCUAUUGACAAGUGGUCGAGGAUGAUCUUCCCCACUGUUUUUUCCUUCUUCAACAUUGUUUACUGGCUCUACUACGUCAACUAGGUUGGGGAGGGGGGGAACGUAAUUAGGGGUAAAAGGGCCAAGCCACUCCUUUUACAGAUAAGUUUUGCACCACAAGCAAGACUUUGACUUAUUACUGUAUAUCCAAAAGCAAAUCAGGACCUGGUCCAUUUUAUCUUGGAGCACCUUAAUUGCUGGCUAGCAUUUACACAACCCAAGAAGGGAGAUACAAAAGAGUGUAUUGUGCCUGUGUGAGAACUUUGGUUUUGCUUCACAAAUACAUUGCACAAGACACUGAGCAUUCACAAGCUUGGUUGUAUAUAUUUUAAUGUUUUGUUAUUUCAUCUCUUUUCUUUUUGAUUUCGCAGCCUUUUUCAAAAAAAUAUUUGGUUAGAACCGUGGGAAGAAAUAAGCAUUAUGAUUGUUGCAAAUUAGGCCAUCCUGCAAAAAACAGAUAUUAAAAAA